AUGGUUGGCCCUAGGGCUCCGAUAGGCUCGUUGACGGCCCACGUCAAGGGCAUCAAUGGGUGGAUGGGCAGCCGUCCGUCCGAGACGCCGAAGGCGUCUCUCUCCAGCCUCGGUGGUGCUGGUGGUGCGCUUGACGACAGCGACGGUGACUCUGACUCGAGCAGCUCGGAUGACGAUUCCGAUGGCGGCAACACGGCCUCGUUUCUCCAAAAAGUCUCAAACGCCGUUCGUGGGGGCAGCGCGAACGCCAUGCCGCCAGCAGCAGGCAAGAUCCAGGUCAAGAGCAAGGCGAAUGGCAUCAGCACUCCGGCGCACAAGGCCGCUGUGAAGAAGAGCGAAUCCAGCGCCGUCAGCGACUCCAGCGACUCAAGCGACAGCAGCGACAGCAGCGACAGCAGCGACAGUGACAGCAGUGAUUCCGACAGCGAGAGCAAGAGUGGACAAGACGCUUCUCCCUCCAAGAACGGCAAGCGGAACAAGUCCCCGGCAAAGCCAAAGAUUGUGGCCGCGACAGAAAAAACGAGGUCGGAAUCCUCCAGUAGCAACAGCAGCAGCGAUGAUGAUGACGAGGAGCCAGAGAAGGGAGAUGGGGAGGAGAAGGAAGACGGCCAAGAUGCAGAAGAGGAGGACGCGCCGCAAAGAGAGGCUGCCUCAAAGGCUGUGGCCGUUGCCACACAAGCAGAACCGGCCAACCCAGACAGAGAUAUCACCUCCGAGUUUGCAUCGCAAGGCUUCCAGCUGCGGAAAGCCAACGACGAGAUUGAUGCCUCGGAUGUGGCUAAGAUUUUCCGCCAGGCCCAGCGGGAAGGAAAGCAGCUUUGGUACUUCACCGCGCCGUCCUCUGUGCCCAUCACCGUGGUCGAGAAGAUGCAGAUCCCGCUCGAUCGUGCCCAGAAAGGCCUCCCCAUCCUCAACCACGACGGCCAAGACUACUCCCUCAGCUUUGACGAUGCCCUCUCCUCCAAGACCAUCAAGCUGAUGAUUCCCAAUAAGGCUGGAGACAAAUACUCUAUGCACCGGACGAUCGACCAGACGAUGCACCUGAAGCGCGUCACCCACUUCUCGCACGACGACGACGAGGCCGGACCAGCCGAGGCAGCAGCUGGCCGCCCGCUCACAACAGCGCCGAAGCCGCCGCGAGCCCAACCACCUGGCCUCAAGACGCGCUUCCUGCCGAUCGGCGUCAGCAAGACUGCCACCCCGAAGCCGUCACCCUCGGUCGCCACCUCGGUCUCGAGCACCACGAGCGCGUCACGGAAGCGGAAGCUCGCCGCCCAGGAUGGUGCGGAUGCCGAGUCGGACAGCACGUCUGUCACCAGCGCCGCCUCCAGCGCCGAGCCAGACCCGAAAAAGGCCAAGAAGGCCAAGCCGGCAGCGACGACGACGACGACGACAAGAGUGACUCCCAUUGUGCCGCCCGUCCCGACGCUGGCCGUGGCUCAGGAGGCCGACGCCACGCCGAUCAGCGGUGCCAAGAAGUCCAAGAAAAAGGCUGCAGCAACUCCUGUCUCUGCCGUUGCCGCGACGCCCUCGACGGCCAGGAAGCAGUCGGCCAUCCUGCCGCCACCUGUGUUGGGUGUCACCCCGACCGUCCCCUCGACCCUAAAGACGGCGGCGGCGUGGGAGCCCAGCAGCAGCCAGAUGGCCCUGCCGCUGUCGUCGCAGUCGUUCCAGAUCGACACGCCGUCCAAGGUCGUGCUCAACGGCGACAGCCCAAAGAAGGACAAGAAGAAGAAAGAGAAGAAGCAGAAGGAGGACGUCUCGGCGGAAGCUGGUGCGCCGGAAGAGGCGGAGGCGGAGGUGGAAAAGCCGAAGAAGGAGAAGAAGGACAAGAAGGACAAGAAAGAGAAGAAGGAAAAGAAGGACAGGAAGGACAAGACGGUCGAGACUCCCGUCUCUGCCGGCCCCAAGAAGGUGACGCCGGUGCCGAUUCCACACCACUAG